AUGGAGCCUCCGAAAGCACCGUCACAUGUCCUCAUCGUCGGCGGCUCGCUUUCUGGUCUCUUCACGGCUGUCGCGCUACUGCAACGCUUGCCCGCUACGACUCGGGUCACGAUUCUAGAACGCUCGCCUUCGCCAUUACUGCACGACCAGGGCGCGGGGAUCGUCGCUGGAGGGCCGGUGCUGGAGUGGUGUGAGAGGUUUGCAGGGAAGAAGCAGGAUGAGAUGAGUGUGGAGAGUCGGGAGAGGCUGUACUUGGAUAAGGGCGGAAAAGUCAUCGAUCGAGAGGGGACGAGGCAGCAGAUGACGAGUUGGGAUUUAUUGUAUGGGCUUGGACGGGAGGUGCUGGACGGUAACGGCACCGGAUCGGAAAGGUUCAAGUAUGCUUUUGGGAGGGAGGUGACGGGGUUGAGUGAGGAGCAGGGCCUCGUGAAGAUUAUGUGGAAGAGCACGAUGCCAGAGGAGGGUGGGAAGGAAGGUGUGGAGGAAGGCGACUUCUUGGUCGCGGCGGAUGGACCUAGCAGCCGGUUGAGGUCUAUGCUGCUAGUGGAUGAGAGCGCCUCGCGGACAUAUGCUGGCUAUGUUGCGUUUCGGGGGACGGUCAUUGAGACUGAGUUGAGUCAAGACGCGCGGGCGGUGUUCGUCGAGAAGUUCACCUUCUUUCACGGAGACGGCAUCCAGAUCCUAGCAUAUACCAUACCUGGGCAGGACGGAACGCUUGAGGUCGGAAAGCGGAGAGUCAACUGGGUGUGGUACUGGAACGUGGAGGACGAGAGUCAAGAGUAUGGCGACAUCAUGACUGAUAGUGAUGGUGGUAAACACCGUUUCACACUUCCAACUGGCGGAAAGAUGCAACAACAUGUCUGGGAAAGGCAGAAAGACCGCGCCAAGAAGAAUUUACCACCGCAGUUCGCAGAGCUGGUCACGAAGACAGAGAAGCCUUUCGUGCAGGCUAUCACAGACGUGAAGCCUCCCUCGAAGGGCACCGAAGUUGGCAGACUCCUGGGUGGCAGAGGCAUGAUUCUGGGUGACGCAUUGGCCGGCUUCCGGCCACACACUGCAGCUAGCACAGCGCAGGCCGCAUUCGACGUCUUGAAGCUGGACGAGGUCUUUGCUGGUGAUCUUGGCUGGGCCGAGUAUGAGAGGCAAGUCCUGGAUUUUGCUCAUAGUUGGCAGGCGCGAGGCGUCAUGCUGGGUACGCGCUCACAAUUCGGGCACCAUCCGCUUGCGAACGGCUCAGAUGAGAGUGUCAGCAGGAAGCAACUGCAUAUGAGGGAGAAGUAA